AUGGAAGGCUUCAAGCGAAGACUACAAAACCUACAGGAUCAAUUUGAAGGCAAGGUGAGGCCUUCCGCUGAGAAUCUAUUAACCUCCUCGCUCUUCGUGGAUGAAAUUAUGGAUUAUCGGGCUCCCGCGGACCUAAAAAUCCCGAAACAUGCUACUUUCGAUGGGACGGGGGAUCCCCGAGAACAUCUGGUCAGUUAUCAAGCCAAAAUGCAAGUCUUAAGGGUGGAAGAGCCACUUAUGUGCAAGGCUUUUCUCCCUACUCUCAAGGGACUCGCCCAAAAAUGGUUUUUGGCACUGCCAAGCCGUUCCAUUCGGUGCUUCAAUGAUUUGGCCGACCAAUUCCUUACUCAUUACGCCGUAAACAUCAAGCCGCAGCGCAAUCUUACCCACCUGAGCGGGAUCAGUCAAGAUGAGGGAGAAGCUCUGAAGACGUAUCUGGCUCGUUGGCAAAAGGAGGUACAAACUAUCGAGGGGUUAGAUGAGCAAGUGGCUAUCACCUUUUUCAUGGAGUCGCUCCGAGCGGGCAAACUGUUUAUUGAUCUUCACAAUGAUCGCCCAAAGACGUAUGUGGAGGCUAUCCAAAGAGCCAGUCGUCAGGCAGACACGGAAGAAGCUGUGAGACAAAAACGACAGCGAGAAGCUGCCGGGUCCAGCGCUAAGCGAUCACGACCUGAAUCCAGGAGUCGAACGGAACCUGAGCGCCCUAGUCGCACUGAGGUACGACGAGGAUCUGAGAGGGUGGGGGCUCCGCCCCCUCGCCUUACCGUGGCCCAACCCGUGCAUGAGGUAAAAGAUACCUUACCUCCCCCUCCGCCUUUGAAACCUGGAGAUCAGCCCGAGAUCUUGCUUCCGGGAGGGGUCUCGUCGAAAUACUGUCGAUAUCACCGAUCGACUACACAUACUACGGAGGAAUGUUUUUACCUGCGUAAAGAAAUAGAGGCCAUGAUACAGAAGGGUGUUCCACCUCCACCUAAUCAAUGGAGGCGGCAUCCGCGUUCCGAUAAAACCGAUUCGCGCUCUGAUCGAGGAAAACAACCCGCCUCUGAGGAAGAGGAGACUAAUUGGAAGCACAAACCUGUUAUCAACAUGAUAGUAGGAGAACCAGAAGGAGGGGAUUCAUCCGGUUCUCGGAAAGCUUGGGCUCGGCAACUGUAUGUGGGGACCAUCUACGGUCGGGACGACAGUCUAAAAAAGGUAUGUUGA